AUGAUUUCCAUGGACGGCCGUUCCGUCUUCGUCAUGGUCUCUUCCUCGUCCGUCCACAUGAUCUUCUCUCUCCACUACCCACCGCCCGAUGUCCUCCCCUUCGAGGAGCGGAUGGGGAAGCUACGGGAAGAAUGGAGGAAAAUUACCGACACGUGGCGCGACUGCUAUUUGAAAUUUGGCGGCCUGGGAGGGCUGAGGACAUAGCCUUAGGCCACUCUUCCACGUCGCGCCCCUCUGAUGUCAUCCGGCCCCAUCACCUCACAACCUCCCCAAAACUCUAUUAAAAAAUUUUAACUCCUGGUUCUGAUGAAGAGAGGGAAGGGGAAGAUGGUUUCUUUUAAACCAAAACCCUGUUUCUUUGCUCUUCUCCUCCUCCUGUGCUGCUCUUCCCAAGAAGAAGAAGGAGAUGGUUCGAUUAUGAUGGCCACCCUUGAAGGCAUGCGUGACUCGCAGGGCAACCAGAACAGCAUCGAGAUCGAUGAGCUCGGUCGCUUCGCCGUUCGAGAACACAAUAAGAAGGAGAAUGCGCUGCUGGAGUUUGGUCGUGUGGUGAAGGCGAAAGAGCAAGUGGUUGCGGGUACUCUGCACCAUUUGACUCUGGAGGUGAUGGAAGCAGGGAAAAAGAAGUUGUACGAGGCGAAGUUGUGGGUCAAGCCGUGGCUCAAAUUCAAGGAGCUUCAAGAGUUUCAGCAUUUGGGCGUCUCCUCCUCGGUCACUUUUGCCGACCUUCGUGCGAAGCAAGUUGAAAUGGCUUCUCUGAAGACUGAAAAUAGGCUUUCAAAUCCUCUUAUCAGAAAUGAUGGAAGGUUUAUUGCUUGUUCUCGAAAGAAUCUUUUUGCAUUUGAAAAGAAUGGUACAGUUGCAUGGGUUAUUCCUCUUCAUUAUGAAUGCAGAACAGAUAUCACCCCUGUUGCUGAUGAAAGAGGGAAGAUCUAUUUGAUUGCAGAAGAUAGGAUUCUGCAAGUAAUACCCUCAAAUAUUGGAACUUCUGAAGCUAGGGUCAAAAUUUUCUUUGGUCAGAAUUCAACUGUUGGGGGGUCAGGCAAAAUUAUUGGACUUUCGAUUAGUAUAUUGUAUUCCUCUCUCUUCGUUACUAUAAAGAAUCGUGGACUCUUUGCAAUCCUGCUACACGGGGAACUUCUUUGGAGUGCCGGACCAGUACUUUACCGGUUUGGCUACCGUCAGGGCUGUAAGAAAAAUACAACAGAUUGUUAUUUUAGUUCUGCUCCCAUCGUUGAUCAGUGUGAGGGGGCCCUUUACAUUGCAAAUACUGAAGGACAGCUUUAUUCAUUAUAUAUACACAGUCCACACUUUAGAUGGAUCCAAGAUUUUAGCUCAGUUGACAGGUUGCUGACAGUUACAUCUGGAAAUAAUGGACACUUGUAUGUGAUUUUCCCCAAGAAGGCUUUAGUGAUGGCACUUGAUGUUUCUACUGGAAAUGUUUUGUGGAAAAAUAAUGUUGGCCCCUUAAGUACAGAAAACUGCGCGCCUAUUGUGGAUUCCAAUGGUUGGAUGUCUAUUGGCUCAUUGGAUGGAUUUCUAUAUUCGUUUUCACCAAACGGGGAUCUGAAGAAGUUUCUUGAAACAACUGCACCUAACUCUGUGAUUCAAGUUAGUCCUGUUGUGGACUGCUCCGGAUUUGCAGUUUACAUCUCUCAGACAGAGAUGGAGGGAAAAUUGAGUCAAACUACUGGUAAUUAUACCUACAUAUCUGCGAUGAAGCCAGUAAACAUUAUAUUCAGUUUGUUGGCUCCUGCUACUGGAACUGUUUACUGGACGGGAAAGUUUCCUGGGGAAUUGUCAUCUUUGUUGUCCAAGAGCCAUCUGCGCUACUUCGUGCUAGAUGAGAGGAUUCUUCUCACAUUUCUUUCUGCAGGAAGGAUUGGUAAUAGACUACCAUGCUACACAACUGGUCAAAAAAUUUCCUGGACCUGCUCACAGGCAAAACCAAAGUUUGUCAGCUUGGAAGCUGGCAAUGAAAGAGCAAUUCUGCUGUUCCUGUUCUUCCAGCUUGUGAUCAUUAUAACAUUAGCCGGAGUUGUUCGGUUUUGUUGCUUCUUUUGGAGGAAGAAGAAGCUUCAAGAUCAUGGCCUCGGGAGAUUCCUCGAGAAGAGGCGAUCUCUUCAUAGCAAGAGGAAAAUGUUAGGCAAGAUGAUCUCAGAGCUGGAGCAAAAGGCAGCUGAGGAUGCCACGACCAAUGAAGCUUUGGAUCAAUUGGGAGAAAUAAUUAGAGCUAAGGAAGGAGUAGAGAGAAAACUGUCUACAUCUUAUAGUCUCGGCAGGGACAGGAAUGGUUCCAAGCGAGGAUCUAUAUUGCCAUUGUAUGAUGGGAAGACCAAAAGCCACUCAUUCCAUGGUUCUAGGAAAGAGAGUGUAACUAUCUUCAACACAAUUAGCGAUACUUCUACCUCAGAGGAAAGCAGCAGUGGCAGUGACAAUGUUAAUGACAGUAAUAGCAGGAAAGAGGAGCAGCAUUGGCAUAGCUAUGGAGAAAUGAAGUCAGCAACAAAAGCUAAAGCAGUGGAAGCUGGGUCUUCGAGCAGAAUUUUUACACCUGGAGGGGAUGGUGGGGAGGGGUCAUCAGAUUUCACGGAGGGGUCCAGGGUAUUCAUGAAUCCAAUGUUCAUUGAACACCAGACUGACGGUAACGUGCAUUCAAGAGGCGAGGAGCUUAUGAUGGAACCCAUGCAGGUAGGGAUGGGUAGGAGAACGUGGUUAAAGAGGAGAAGGGCACUGUCUUCAACUACCUGAAAUGGUAAACUACCUGAAACUUUUCGUGUAUGUUUGAUCAGUACACCAUGUGCUUGUAUAUGGUGACCCCUAAAUUUAUAUUGUUCUUUGAUCACUUGCUUGUUUUGGUUAACUUAGGAGGAGGACCAGGCCUACUUAGGAAAUAUUAAUAUUGAAACAGAUCUAAUCAACUUGGGUGUUGCUUUGAUGUGUUCUUUCCUACCAGAGUUGGU